UGUACCAGACAACACAAUACGUGACCAGCAAUUAACGUCCGUUCAUCCGAAUUCCUUUUUGGAACAGGGCAUGAUUUUGUUUCUGGAGCCUAGCCCUUACCCCAUAGUAGCAUCCCAAUCCCAUAGUAGUUGAGAGAUUUUCCUUUUUCUUAGUUCAUUCAGUCUCCUUGGGUAUCCUGGCCUUUAGUUAUCAGCUCUGGCCCAAAAAAGAAGACGACUGAUGACCCAGUGACAUAUCAAUAUAAGCAAAACGCAUUGUUACUCGUCCUUUCAUCUCACUUUCUCUUGGAUCGUUUCCCAAAAAGCUAUCCCAAUUCCUUUCCUCCAUCUGUGAUGUAAUUCUUGCUUUUUGGAAACAGAGAAGCUCCACAGCCUGCAAUCUCACCGACACACGCAUCUGUUGACCAUUAAGAAUGGGUGAUCACUUAUCACAGCUUAUUCGAUGCUACCUUUCUCUUACAUGUUCUCCCUGUAAAGAAGUGUGAAGAUUCAAAAUCGUCCAUGGCUGCUCACUUUCACCCGCGUAAUGCUAUCCAAUUCUUCAAGAUUAUUCUCCAAUACUCUCUCGAAGAAGGAAAGCUUGUACCAGACAAAUUUGUACGGAGAUAUGGAGGUGGAAUGCCAAAUCCAGUGUUUCUGAAGCCUCCAGAUGGAACUCAAUGGGAAAUACGCUGGACAAAAUAUAAAAGUGGAGAAGUUUGGUUUGAGAAGGGUUGGGAUGAUGUUGUUAGAUACUACUCUCUAGGUCAUGGCCAUUUGGUGUUGUUCAAAUAUGUGGGAACUAGAACUUGUCAUUUUGAGGUCAACAUUUUUGACAAGAGUGCCCUAGAAAUGGACUACUCUCUUCAUGGAAACCUCCAACAAGUUACUGAUAAUUCUGACUCGGUUGAAAUCUUGUGUCAGAAACCUCCUCUGCAAAAAGUAGCGAGCCGAAAACUGCCAUUAUCAUCUUCUGUUCACCCUUGCAAGAAAAUUAGAGCUGAAGAAGCUCAAAGGACCUAUAAUCAGCAAAAGAUGCACUCAGGUGAUGGGAAUGAGCUCAAGUCCAUUAAUGCAGAACCGAAACUUAUAAAGCUUGAGUUAGAAGUUUCUGCAGAAACUAUGGGUGGAAGCAAUUUUUCCACUAAAAAAGGUCCAAAAUCCAUUGCUAUCAAAAAACGAAGGGAGAAACCAUUAACUUGUGCUGAGAAGGACAGGGCUUUACAAAGAGUCAACACUUUCACGUCUAAAAAUCCCUACUUCAAAAUUGUCAUGCAGCCAGCAUACAUCAAGAGCUGUUUGUGUGUGCCAGCAAAGUUUGUGAAACAGUGUUUGAAGAAGAAGAAGGAAGGAACUGUCCUCCUCCGGGUUUCAGAUGGUAGAACUUGGCGUGUGGAGUGCAGUGGGGAAGAAAGAAAGCAGUACAAGUUCCGACUCAGAAGUGGGUGGUCCUCUUUUUCAAAAGACAAUAACUUGAAAGUGGGUGAUGUGUGUGUUUUUGAACUCACAAACACCACUGACAUCUCCUUCCUGGUUCAUGUUUUUGGAGAUUUUGUUAAUCCAUAUGGCUGAAAAUUCCAAGAUUGUCCCAUAUUACUUCUCAAGUGGCAUGUUAAGAAGGGGGAGGAGUUUAUGGCCUGUCAAGUUGCUUUUGUUGUGACCAGGUCACAUUUACGAGGUGGAAAGUAUCGUGCUUAUCUUUAUGUUCAUUGAUAGAGAAAUUGCUUUUUGUGUAUAUCUAUGUCACAUUCCCAGAUGCUGCACAUAGGUUAUUCACUGUAAGCUGCUGCUUUUUGUGAUUCUGUGAAAGAGGCAAAACGCCAAACGUUUGUUUUAAUAGUUUAGUCAGAACAAGUAUCUCAGCCCAAUACUAAACUUGACAUUAGGAUUCAGUUUGAUACUCUAAAUUAAAAAAAAUCAAAACUUCUCUUCUUA